ACGAGACAAGGCGGAACGGUCUUGUGAUGUACAUAUAUAAAUCUUAUCCUAUCAGUCCGCUUUAGACAUAUCGUUAAGCAAUCCAGACCCUAGUUCUAGCAGUCUCCUUCUCUGACCAGUCAUUUUGGACAAAUAUGGUUCGCCAAGCUGCUCUGCUGGCCUUUGCGGCUCUCUCAUCACUCUCCGUUGCGCAAAUCUCGGACGAUUUUGAGAAUGGCUGGGACCAGACUACAUGGCCCACCUAUGCACCAGAUUGUAAUCAGGGCGGAAGCGUCAGUCUUGACACCACAGUAGCUCAUAGUGGCAGCAACUCCAUCAAGGUCGUCGGUGGACCCAAUGGCUAUUGUGGACACAUCUUUUUCGGCACUACCCAGGUGCCGGCCGGCGAUGUAUAUGUUAGAGUUUGGCUUCGACUUCAGACUGCUCUCAACAACGACCACGUUACAUUCGCUGUGAUGCCAGACACCGCUCAGGGCGGUAAGCAUCUCCGUGUCGGUGGUCAAAGCGAAGUCCUCGAUUACAACCGCGAAUCCGACGAUGCUACACUUCCGGACCUAUCCCCAGCAGGCAUUGCCUCCUCGGUUGACUUACCUACCGGCUCGUUCCAGUGUUUUGAGUAUCAUCUGGGCACUGAUGGAACCAUUGACACCUGGUUGAACGGCAACGAGAUCUCGGGUAUGACCGCUGGGCCAAAUGCUAACAAUCCGAAUGACGCUGGCUGGACCAGACAAUCUUAUACUCCUGCCAUCACGGGUGUCUACUUUGGCUGGGAAGCCUACAGCGGAGAUGUCAACACCGUCUGGUUUGAUGAUGUUGCGAUUGGAUCUAGUCGUGUAGGAUGUGGCGGCCCUGCAUCCUCCGGAACCACCUCAGUUAGACCGUCAACUACGCGUAGCAGCGUCUCAUCUACUAUCACUACGAGACCAAGCACUACCAUUCGGCCAACAACUUCAAGGACGACAAGCUCUGCGGGUCCUACCCAGACUAAAUACGGUCAGUGUGGAGGCCAAGGUUGGCCUGGGCCGUUUGUAUGCGCUUCUGGUUCAACAUGUACGUACUCGAACGCAUAUUACUCUCAAUGCUUGUAAAUUGAGAAGAGAACAAAUCGAGUAAAGGGUCAAAUGCAUAGUUGGACUUUGUAAAUAAAUGGUUAGCAGCUUAAUUAGGCUUUAUUUUAUGACUAGUUGGAUAACUCGUCCAUUUAAAGCGAUGUGAAAGUAUGAGCAAUUCAGGUGGCCAAGAGGUUCUGAGCCGUCAUAUUUCGCCUCCCACGGCUGCAAGGACUUCUCGUGUGCAAGCCCACUCUAUCAUGUGUUUUGGAUAGAAAGCCAAAGUUUAGGGUGGAUAACAUAUGCUGAGCGACCAUUUUCCUUUAGCUAGAACAUCCAUCUCAUGGUAGUACUGACAUCCAUUCGAUCAAAUUGAAAUAUGUUUGUGC